GAGCAGGGGUAAUCACCGUCAGUCAGAGAGAGAGAGAGAGAGAGAAAGAGAGUGGACAGUGAGCGCGAGAGAUGCUUUACAGAGGAAAUGUGGAGCGAGAAAGAAUGUAACAGGCAGAUAGAAGGAGGAGCGCAGAAGAGAGACGGAGGAAAGCUGCUCUCUUUCUUUCUCCUUCUACAUGCUACUAUACCUGCUUUCUCACUCUCCUCCCACCUUGCCUCAGACCUUCAAUUGUGGGCUGUUCCCUCCCUCCCCUCCUCCCUCUCUACCUCCUCCUAUCGUACACGCUAGUUCGUGCUUUGGGCUGGGAGUGUGGCGCACCUCUCUCUCUCUAAUCUCGGGUGGUUUUGUCUCUCGUUGCUCUGCUGCUGCUCUCACAGGGGACUCGUCGCCGGGAAACGGGAAUACAAACAUGGGAGUGACAGGCAGAUUGACUGCGGACAUGAUGGGAAUGGUAGUGGGAUUGAGUGGGAACGCCACUGGAUUUCCCCAACAAUUCCCUCUCCCUCCCACCGACAUGCAGGAUUAACCAGGAACACCAGUUGGAUUCCCCCAAUUCCCAUCGGAGCAGACACCUGCUGGAGCACCUCUGCCUGUAUGACUACAACUGGGGAGAAGAGACGUAAAGAGAGAUGAGAGAAGAGGCUUAUGAGGCUAUCCAAGCCUAGGCCAAAAUGUGACAUUUAUUUGAGGAUUUUGAAAAAGGUCAAAACUAGAGAUUAUAAAAUAGUAUUAGUAUAUGGCCCCCCCAACUAGAGUGGAUUUGAGAAUGGGCCCUGUUUGGCUCCUCCUGUUGCUGCUCACACCCCUCCUUUCAGCACAGGUUAGCAUAGUUUCUGAAUUGGGGACUACAGCCGAGUCAGAGGACCCAACGGCGUCUGUUGUGAGCACUACAGGGGAGCCGGGCACCCCCUACAGCCCUGAUCCCUCAGGGUCAGUCAUGAUCCCCUCGGAAGCCCCAAAGGAGGACUGGACGCCGGCAGAGGUCUUUCUCUACAGCGGGGACUACUCCGUCUUGGGGAUAGUGGAGUGCGACCGGGCGUACAGUCUCACGGGCCAGAACGGCCCCCUGCCGCGAGGGUUCUAUGGCCCCCUCCGACCGUCCAUGGACGCCCUGGCCAACACGGCCAACUUCCUCAACAUGAUCUUCCAGGCCAGCGACCUGCGGGAGAGCAGUGUGCGGGAGGACAUGGAGUGGUACCACGCCAUGGUACGCGCCCUUCUGGAGGCCGACCCCCUCAUCCGGCAGGCCCUCCUCACCUUUGACGCCGACCCAGCCUCCACCACUCCCCAGCUUGUGCUCCGCGCCUCCCGGAACCCUGCUCCCCCCAGGUACCAGAACAUCCUCCUCCAGGACCUCUCUAGCCAAUGGGAAAGUCUGCACCUCCCGGCCCCCGCACCCGACGACACCUGGUUCAGCAGUUUCAAGUUUCCCGCCACCUCCAACCAGCCCACCUCGACACUAUCUAAAAGAGUCCUCCUCAAUGACCUCAGCACCCUGGACACGCCCAAAUGGGGGCGGGGUGAUAGCUACGUGACCAAUCGCAGCGGGGUGCGCUGGGCCAAUGGGCCAUUCCUAAAGUGUGAGGACGGCCGCUUCCUGCCGGGCUGGCUGCUCACCCUAUCCACUUCCUUCUACGGCCUGAAGCCUGACCUCAGCCCUGAGUUUAGGGGUGUAAUCCGUGUGGAUGUAAACGUACAGGGCCUUGAUGUGAACCAGUGUGACACGGGGGACGCUUGGUUUGCCAACACACACCAGUGCAACCGCACCACCAUGGAGUGUGAGCCAAUCACAGGCCAGGGGUUCAGAUUGGGCCAGUACUGCUGUCGCUGCAGAGAGGGAUACUACAGCCCCCCAAUGGACGAAGGUGGUGCUCUGAACGGCAGCGGUGGGGAGGGGGGUGGCGUGUGUUACCCGGCCCUGCCCAUCUGUCUCCCCUGUUGGCCGGGCUGCAAGCGUUGCGAGGACGGCACCCCCUGUUGGGUAGAGGAGGACUGGUUCCUCAGAGCCGGGGUGCUGGCCGUCCAGGGCUUCUUCAUGCUGCUGGUGUUCAUCAGCAUGCUGGUGGCCUACCAGUUCAGACGCAGCAGGAGGAUCCGGGCAUCAGGUCUCCUGCUGUUAGAGACCAUCCUGUUUGGCUCUCUGCUCCUGUACUUCCCGGUUUUCAUCCUGUACUUCAAGCCCAGCACCUUCCGAUGCAUCCUGCUUCGCUGGGUGCGACUUCUGGGCUUUGCCAUAGUCUAUGGAACGGUAACACUGAAGAUAUAUAGGGUUCUCAAGGUGUUCCUGUCGCGCACAGCCCAGAGAGUGCCCUACAUGUCCAGCAUACACCUGCUGAGGUUGCUGGGAGUCAUGGUUGUGACCGUCAGCUGGUUCCUGUGUGCGUGGACCGCGGGCGUUCUACAGAACCGUGACCGUAACAUUCCGUUACUGAUCAUAUCGACCACGUCGGAUGGUCAGGGCUUCAGCCUCUGUGACCUGGACCGCUGGGACUACAUGAUGGCCGUGGCCGAGCUGAUGUUUCUGUGCUGGGGCAGUUUACUGUGCAGUGCUGUGAAGCCAGUGCCCUCAGCCUUCCACGAGCCUCGCUACAUAGGUAUCGCCAUACACAACGAGCUGCUGCUAUCCUCCAUGUUCCACCUGCUACGGUUUGUCAUGCCCUCUCUGCAUCCUGACUGGAUGCUGUUGCUGUUCUUCACCCAUACGCAUGUCACUAUCACUGUGACACUGGCCCUGCUCUUCAUACCCAAGUUCCUCCAUGUUUCGAGGGCGGGGAGAGAGGAGAUUGCAGAGGAGGUUUAUGAGGAUGAGGUGGAAUUGCGGCGAUCCGGCUCGUACCUCAACAGCAGUUUUACCUCAGCAGUUUGGAGUGACCACAGCUUGGACCCCGAUGACAUUCGGGAUGAGCUGAAGAAAUUGUAUGGUCAAUUGGAGGUCCACAAGACCAAGAAGAUGACAGCAAACAACCCCCACCUGCAGAAGAAGCGCAGCUCUCGGCGCGGGCUGGGCCGGUCCAUCAUAAAGCGUAUCACUGAGAUCCCAGAGUCCAUGAGCCGACAGUGCAGCCGUGAUGGCAAAGAGGUCAACUUGGGCAGCAGGGAUGUUACGCACGCCGAGUCCAGUAAGAGAGCGCCAGAUACUUUUAGCGUAAAUUACAAAGAUCAACCAGUAAAGCAGCCUUCACCAGUGCUGCGUAAAUCUCAAAGUGACUAUGACUAUGUAACCGAUAAAGACCCCUCCUUGCACGACUCCAUGUUAAGGGCGACUCUAGCUAAGAGAUGCUCACAGCGCUCUGAGACAGACUCGUUGUAUAUGGCACCAUUGGUCUGUAAGUCGGCCAGUGCCCAAAACCUUACAGUCGAUAACAAUCUCCUGCUUCCUGGACCUACCAAGCUACACAAGUCACUGAGUUUAGCGUCCAGUAAAACCCACAGUCUGGAAGACACCUCUCGGGUAGGCAGAGAUACCCAAGGCGAGCAAGGGCAGUCCCAACAGGAUGUCGCUAUCAAGGACCAGACUUCAAGUGCCCUUGUGCAAUCCCAGUCCUAUGACAAGGCCGAAGUGUGUCCCUGGGAGCUUGCGGAGGAACGCCCUGCCAACAAGAACCAGCCACACGUUACCUUUGCUCCCUCUGAGGAAGAACCAGAGAGCCCAGAGGGUUUAUCAUCACCAAUACUGAAACAUAUUUGCCCCUGGGACCAUUUACCAGUUCCUACCCCAGCAGAAAGUCCUGCUGGGGAUUCACAAGGCGGAGAGGCAGAAUGUGAGUCCCCGAGACCCCAGGCUCCCAUCUCCGCUAGUGUACCUGGGUCCCCAAAGAACAUGCGGGUCUUCUCCUUCCGCACUUCCACCCAGAAAUGGCUCUCUGUAAAAUCUUUCGUAGGAUCUGUGGAUGCAAGUAUCAAGGAAAAAGACAAAAAGGAGACAGCAGGAGAUACGGUUAAGAAACUGGACUCAAUAUCACAAAAAAGCCAGGGGAGUGUAGCCACCAUCGCCGUUAUUGCAGCAUUAAAAUUAAAAACUCCAACCAUUUCAAGCGCAGAAGUGAAAUCACAAAGUGUUUCAAACUUGGAGAAGAAAUAUAAUGUUUCAAGCAUAGACAAAAGGACACAGCAAAAAAGAAGUAUGACAACAGUAGAUGUGAAACCUGCCCUCGUGAAACAGGCUGCAAUCAGACUGUCCUCAAGUGAUUCCUCUGAAAGAAGUCCCAGGAGAAUAGUGGUUGUACAGUCCACUGUCUAUCCUUGGGAGUCAGAGGACAUGCAAAAGGACAGUGUGUAUGAAAAUGUGUUCAUCUCAAGGGAAAACACUGCACAUAGCACAGCUAAGACUCCUUCCACUCACAGAAGGGGUUGCCAAAUUAGGCCUGCUCUGAGUGUUGCCCAAUCAGAUAUUUGCCCAUGGGAUGUUCCUGCUUCCUCCCAGCAAGCCCCACAGAGACAACAAAGCAUCAUAGCAGACAUCUGCCCGUGGGAGGUGGAGGAACCAGAGGAGGAUCCAAAGGCGCCUGCACGUGUCAGUGUAUGUCCUUGGGAAUCAGAAGAAGUAUUGAAAAGACAGGAGAGUAUCCAGGGAGAAGUAUGCCCUUCGGAAGCUAGUGUUUCCGCCAUCCCAAUUACCUCAGCGUCCAACCAGUCUGAGAAGAAAUCAGAGGGUCUGAACAAGAAACCAACAGAUGUAUGUCCUUGGGAAACCGAUGAAACCCCACAGAUUUCUCAAGGCCUAAAACCCCAAGAGAGUGUACGGGUUGAUGUCUGCCCUUGGGAUGUGGGGGAUUCCUUCCCUGAAAAAGUAAAGGUGGCGAUUAUUUAUGAAAAUGUUCAUCCGCAGGAGAACAAGGGAUUGCAUAAGGCGCCACCAAAAUGUCAGGAGACAAUACAUGCAAAUGUCUGUCCAUGGGAAUCUGAAGAGACCCCAAAAUCCCAAGACGGUGUACGGGAGAAUGUCUGUCCUUGGGAAUCAACGGACACGCCAAGCAUUGGGAAGCAAGAUGUACAAACAAAAAGCACAGAGCAACCUAAAUCUACCCCUGAAAAACAAAGUGUUCCCAUAGCGAAAGCAUGUCCAUGGGAAUUCCCUGACCCACCGAAAGACUUGACAGUACUUUGUCCUUGGGAAAAGGAGGAGAGUCCAAUGCCACCCAUAGCCAUAAAGAUCACCAAAGAAUCAUUUUCCCAGGAGACCACUGUUGCAAAAAACAAUAUUUGUCCAUGGGACAUUGGAGACCAAGAAGAGACAGAAGGAAAAGACAGCCCUUGUACAAAUGUUUGUCCUUGGGAAACCCAAGGCAGAACUCAAGCUGAUCCAAAAAAGACUGACAGCGUUCAAGUAAAUAUUUGUCCUUGGGAGACUGAGAAACCAGAGCAGCAAGAAAGCACUCCGGCUAUUGUCUCCAUAGAAACAGGAAAGACUAAAAGACCAGACAGCGCUCUGGCAGAUGUUUGUCCUUGGGAAACAGGGGCAACUGAUGAGCCAGACAAGACAAAAAGACGAGAUGGCACUCAAACGGACAUUGGUCCAUGGGAAACUGAGGAUCCAAAAAAGACAGAGGAGAAAGAUGGUGUCAAAGUUGAUGUUUGUCCUUGGGAAACUGGAGAGACUGAAAAGACAAAUGGACAAGACAGUACUAAAGCAGAUAUCUCCAAGGAAACACAAAAAGAGAAAAGACGAGAUAGUGUUCGAGUUAAUAUUUGUCCUUGGGACACUGAUGUCCCCGAAGAACCAGAAAAGAUGAAAAAGCAAGACGGUGUUCGGGCAGAUGUUUGUCCAUGGGAAACUGGUCCAUCUGAAGAGUCAGAAAAGACUAAAAGCCAGGACAGCACUAAGGCAGACAUUUGUCCAUUGGAAACUGGCCCAGCUGAAGAGUCAGAAAAUACUAAAAGCCAGGAUAGCACCAAGGCAGACAUUUGUCCAUGGGAAACUGGUCCAGCUGAAGAGUCAGAAAAGACAAAAAGCCAGGACAGCACCAAGGCAGACAUUCUUCCAUGGGAAACUGGUCCAGCUGAAGAGUCGGAAAAGACUAAAAGCCAGGACAGCACCAAGGCAGACAUUUGUCCAUGGGAAACUGGUCCAUCUGAAGAGUCAGAAAAGACUAAAAGCCAGGACAGCACUAAGGCAGACAUUUGUCCAUGGGAAACUGGUCCAGCUGAAGAGUCAGAAAAGACAAAAAGCCAGGACAGCACCAAGGCAGACAUUCUUCCAUGGGAAACUGGUCCAGCUGAAGAGUCAGAAAAGACAAAAAGCCAGGACAGCACCAAGGCAGACAUUCUUCCAUGGGAAACUGGUCCAGCUGAAGAGUCAGAAAAUACUAAAAGCCAGGACAGCACCAAGGCAGACAUUUGUCCAUGGGAAACUGGUCCAGCUGAAGAGUCAGAAAAGACAAAAAGCCAGGACAGCACCAAGGCAGACAUUUGUCCAUGGGAAACUGGUCCAGCUGAAGAGUCGGAAAAGACUAAAAGCCAGGACAGCACCAAGGCAGACAUUUGUCCUUGGGAAACUGGUCCAGCUGAAGAGUCAGAAAAGACUAAAAGCCAGGACAGCACCAAGGCAGACAUUUGUCCAUGGGAAACUGGUCCAGCUGAAGAGUCAGAAAAGUCAGAAAAGACUAAAAGCCAGGAAAGCACCAAGGCAGACAUUUGUCCUUGGGAAACUGGUCCAGCUGAAGUGUUAGAAAAUACAAAAAGCCAGGACAGCACCAAGGCAGACAUUUGUCCUUGGGAAACUGGUCCAGCUGAAGAGUCGGAAAAGACUAAAAGCCAGGACAGCACCAAGGCAGACAUUUGUCCAUGGGAAACUGGUCCAGCUGAAGAGUCAGAAAAGACUAAAAGCCAGGACAGCACCAAGGCAGACAUUUGUCCAUGGGAAACUGGUCCAGCUGAAGAGUCAGAAAAGUCAGAAAAGACUAAAAGCCAGGACAGCACCAAGGCAGACAUUUGUCCUUGGGAAACUGGUCCAGCUGAAGUGUUAGAAAAUACAAAAAGCCAGGACAGCACCAAGGCAGACAUUUGUCCUUGGGAAACUGGUCCAGCUGAAGAGUCAGAAAAUACAAAAAGCCAGGACAGCACCAAGGCAGACAUUUGUCCAUGGGAGACCAGGGAUCCUAUUGAACCAGAGAAGAUAAAAAAGCAAGAAAGUGUUCGAGAAGACGUUUGCUCAUGGGAUACUGAUGAACCAGAAAAGUCUGCAGAGAAAGAGGAAACUAUGAUUGCCAGUGGCAUACAGGACAUCACAGAGACCCAGGGUGCACUCUCUAUGGAAGAGGGUGACGCUGCAGAACCUGUAGCCGGCAGCACACAGACGGCAGAGGCAGCCAAAGCUAACAUGCCCCUGGCUCGGCGUGAUGCUAUGUGCCCUUGGGAGAUGGAAGGGACCAAAUCCCCAUCAUCCCCGUCAUCCAUCACAGAACACGACAAUAACUCUGACGUUUUUACAUGGGAGCCUGAAAACAUUCUUGAAGAGGAAGAGGAAGAGGAGGAAGACGAUGCCGAGAGUGCUGCUGAAGCCUUCGUCUUCCCAUCCGACUUGUAAACGCCAAGACUGUCAAUUACUGGCUAAAACAAGAAUGGUCUCAGUGGGUUGUUGCACCCGAUUCACUGACUGGGUCACUGUGCAAAGCUGUCCCAUAGCAGGGGGGGUAAUGAAUCGGACAUGACCUCUGCACACCUGAAUGUAGCAAAGGCCCCUGGACUGUCCAUCCAUAACACUCCCCAGAAAAACACUGCUCCACAAGCAAUACGCCCCUGGGCCAGGAUCUGCAAAUGCUCUGCCCACCAGAGGUACAUUUACGCUCCCAGGUUCUCAAUCAGAGAAAGCUUCUGGAUGCAGUCCCUCUUCUUCUUACCACUUUGACCCCUUUUAGAAAUGUAUAUUGUUUUCGGUCUUUCUGUGUUUAAGUGACAAUGGGCUCUUCUGUAUCACACAGUUAAAACCCCAUCGCCAUGGCUGUGAAAGGUUGACAAUGUGUUCAAAUAACAGCCUGAGCUUGACGAAGCUGGCGAUAACUCCUUAUAGACACACAGGGAAAUAAUCUACACCAGACCAGUGCUCCUUCAGGUUAACCUGUAAGCACAUCCAGCAUUUUUGUAAAUCACUGAUUACAAUGGUGGUGAUGCAUGUCCUUUUGUUGCCUGCUAUAAACACAUUCCAAACAAUUUAAGGACAGCUUUCCAGCUGUAAUAUAAAUCUGUGCUUUUUCAAAGUCAAUUGUGUCAAUUACAAAGUCGUGGCUACAAGGAUAUCAAAUGUAAUGUCAGUAAUGUGGAUCAACAACAUGAUCAUGUCCGCCACAGACGCAGAGCUAAUAUUAAUAAUACAUCUAACUUUAACAGAGAACUUAAAUCAUACUAAUUCAAUACUGACUUGUAAAGAACUAGCUAUGAUCUGUUCUUUUGAAUCAUUUACAAUACCAAUUUUAUUAAAGAAGAAUAAAUACAUGAAUUAAUAUUUAAAAAUUUUAAAAAGGUAGAUCUACACUUUGAGGAGAAUGCAAGACCAAACCUUUAUUCACAUUAUUUUUUUAAAGCAUACAACUCAAUUUGGAAACAGUUGCCCUAAAAAUAACUGCACCCCAGUAUAGUCCUGCUAAAACUGUACAUAAGGCCAUUGUCAUUGAUUUAUUCACCAUUUCCAUGCUUUAUUUACCAAAUGUAUCCAUCCAUCUUGGCCACAUCUCCGCAUUCAGUGGAAAUUAAAGUUUGUGCGGUGGUGAUAUCAUGUUAUUCGCAAUGGACUGACUUCGUUUUGUGAGCGUUUUUUGAAUGGGUGUGCUGUCUUUUUGUUAAGUAGAAUGAAACACCAUCAUUACACAAUGCAUCCUUUUUGUAUGCAAGUUGAAAGUGAUUUCUGUUGAGAUUUGAGUUAUUUUUGUAUGUAUUGCCUAUGAAAAGUACAGAUUAUUCGGAUAUAAAAUGUACAUUCACUGAAAUCAAAAAAGGUAUGAAAAAAGAGAUGGGACAUUUUAUUUUUGUAUUCUUUAAAUUAACAUGUAAUAUAUUCACCAUUGAAAUAAACCAUACAAUCUGUACAGA